CAAAGUACCGGAUAUGAAAUGUCGUAUUUCCUGUACUUCGACGGUAAAAUGGCGGUCUAUCCAAAAGUGGAUGAAGAAGUCGCGUAAAUUUGACGGCUUUGUAAUGCUUGGAGGACGUUAAUUCCAGAGCAACUGGUACAACAGGUUAGGAGACUGUCAACAUGAAUGGGUGCCUCAUUCCCCACACACCGUUCGCCGUGGACUUCUGGAAAUCCCGGCAGAGUGACCACACCAGACUGUUCUUCCUGACACACAUGCACGCAGACCAUACGUCAGGAUUAUCACCUUCAUGGAAACAUCCCAUCUACUGCUCAGAGAUCACAGCCAAGCUGCUGAUCCACAAGUUCGACAUCGCGCCAGCCCUGGUGCACACCCUGGAGGUGGGGGAGAGCCGCAUGCUGCCCCUGGACGAGACGGGACAGGAGACCAUGACGGUGACAGUGUUUGAUGCUAACCACUGUCCGGGUGCCGUCAUGUUCCUGUUUCAGGGGUACUUCGGAUCCAUCUUCUAUACAGGGGAUUUCAGAUACAGUCCAGAAAUGUUUGACCAUGAAGUCUUAGCAAACAGGCCUUCUAUAGAUGUACUGUACCUGGACAACACCUACUGCAGCCCAGAGUGCAAGUUCCCCUCCAGGGCACAAGCCACACAGAUGAUAAAGGAUAUCAUAUCUCGCCACCCUGAGCACGACAUUGUACUGGGCAUGACUAUGCUAGGAAAGGAGGACAUGCUCGUGGAACUGGCCAAGACAUUUCAGACCUGGGUGGUGGUGACACCACAGAGGCUGGAAACCUUGAAGCUGUUGGAACUGCCAAAUGUCUUCACCACAGACCCUGAGGCAGGCAGGAUUAGGGUCGCUCUAAAGUACCAAAUCACCAGGAAAAACAUGGAGAGGUGGAACCAAGAGAGACCCACAAUAGCCAUCCUACCAUCAGCCUUGUAUACUGGGUUGGAUGGGAAACCUUACGCAAACCAGCCUGACGUUCACAUUGUCCCGUACUCUGACCACUCCUCAAACGGAGAGUUGCACGACUUUGUGUCCAGGCUCAAGCCCAGAUCCAUCAUUCCUGUGGUAAAAGGGACCAGCAGAGGUGUGUUUGGGACAUCACUGCAGGGGAGGGCAGACAUGCACUGCUUCGACAACUACCUCAAUCCAAGUGCAAAGAAAACAUUCCAGAUUCCUGAAUCUGUCAGGAAGUUUAUGUUCCAUGGCUCCCAUUCCUCCAUAGUUGACGUGUUUGCAGACACAGCUUAUGAAAGAAAAGGUAAAAGUUCCAGGCAUUGUGUUCCUGCAGCAAAGGGGAGACCUAUGGGUGUGGUGUUCAUAGACUCCCCACAGAGCACUCCAGAGAAGAUCAAGUGUCAACAAACUGUAGGCCCAGAAAAUGAAAGGGUGGAAGUUUGUGUUGAGACAAAUGGCAAGACUUUGAAAACAACAUCCCUCAGUUCCGAGUGUACAAAGCAAGCCGAAAGGUGUACGAAAGAAACCAUUCCGUCUGAUGAUGCUGGAAGUCAAGUUAAGAGCAGGAAGAGAAAGCUCCCUCCAAGUAUAGCCAUCCCAGCCCAAGCUUUUGCUUAUCAUACCGGACAAAAGAGGGAUUGUGACAACGGCCUUGUAGGAAGCAGUCCAAAACGUAUACACUGCCAGUUUGAGAAGAAUAGCGACCUUUUCUUUAAAGGAAAGGAAAGAACACUCAAUGGUUCCACAGGUCUGGCACCACUCACCCAACAACAGACAGAGGAGGUACCAAGAGGACAGGAUGAAAACAGCCCUCCUGUAUUGUAUGUGUAUGAUUUUUCUACUGACAACACUCUGAAUAAGAGUACAGACCCAUCUGACAAAGUGCCUUCAGAAUCAGAUAAUGGCCAAGCUUUGAAUGUGUUCAAAACAUUGAUUACACCACCAAAAGACAUGGAUAGUAGCAUGACAUCAGCCAAGGCUUCUACCCAAUCCGCUAAAAAGGGUCAACUGACACUUGAUGCAUUCUUCCAAAGGAGGACGGCUGAAUCUAAACUGAUCGGUCAUUCUUUAAAGGAUAAUUCUCCCAACCAGAUGCAGUCAGAAGAACAUGAUUGGGAAAGCAAAGGGCUUCUGUCAAAAAAAUUGGACAGUUACAGUAAUGGAAAAGAACCCCAAGUACAUACAUGUCAGUUUAAUCAGACCUACAUGCAAGAGCCUGCCUGCUCUGACAGUAGAAAGUCAGCUGGACAAAGUAAAGAUAACACAGAAUCCCAUUCAGCAGCACUGGUCAGGAACGGCUCGUCAGUAAGCAAUGAUCAAGAUGUGGUCUGUCUUUCUGAUUCUGACUCUAGUGUGCAAAGCAAGAUAGUUGCACCAAAGAAAGAACGUCCCAGACAAAAGUCACAGACAAAAAGCAGAAAGAGUGAAGAGUUUGGCAUUGAUGUUGAUGUAGGUGUGGGGUGUAGAAGGUCUAACAAACAAGCAAUGGUGGAUGAAGAACACACAGAGUUUGUAGAGAAUGAAAUCAUUGAGUCUCUUCUGUUAGGGGAGAAAGCAGACAUGUGCAGUCCUGUGCAAAAGAAGGGGAAAAUUGUCUUGUUGAAAAGUGUUGUCUCUUUAAAGUGUAAACAAGUACGCAAAAGGAGAUCAAACGUUCACAACUAGAUUGAUUGAAUAUUUUGAUUAUUUUACUUUUAGGCAAAUACAGGAAAUGACCACAUACCGGUACUAGAAAGCAAAGGAAGGACUUUGUGAAUCAUUGCAUAUGGAAAUUAGGUCUACAAGUGGGAACUAGAUCUUCAAGAUGACAAAACGCAAUGGAUGUUAUUAUUGGAAGGAAAUGUAGACACUGUAUUGAAGAAAGUUAAAUUUGUUAGAAGACUGCAUUGUGUGCAGACAUCCAAAAUAGUGGAUUAUGAAAACUGAUUAAAUACAUUAAGCCCAACUAGUUUCAUACUUAUUUGCAAGAAAUUACAAAGAAUCAUGAUAUGAUGCAAGAACAUUGCUUGAACCUUGUUUAUUCAUGAGGAGUCAGCGUGUACAUAUGUAGGUCGCUUUUUAUUAAGGUCAUGAGGGAAAAGAUGUAUUGAAUCAAUAGCUAAGUGCUUUUUUGAUUCUUGAAAAUAUAUACAAUAUACUGUAAUUCCUGAUUUUUUCAAUGUACUGUUAUGUUCACGGUUUUCACUGUGACGACUGAAACGUGAACUUAUCAUUACUGAUAACAAAUAAAUCACAGCCUUUUUUAAUGCACAC